AUGUUUUCAAAGAGGGACGAAAAUUCAUGCGGAAGAGCAGAACGAUACAACAAUGUUCUCAAAGAAGAGCUGAACGAAAGUCGAGAAGGGGCGAGUUCUGUCCUCCACGAUUUGCUAAAUGAGACUCAAACAUUACGAAGGAAUAUGAUGGAAGCGAUUGACCGUGAAAAAUUCGCAGUACAAAAUGCUCUCCGGACACACAGGACGAUGCAAUUAGUCCUCAGAUCCAAAACACCAGACUUCGCCGAAGCAUGGCUGGACGACAAAUUAUUCGACCAUGCCAAACAAUUGAAUGGAUUGGUGGACACUUUAUUUGCAAAACGGGACCGAUUACAAGAAGCGGAAAGGGUUGUUAUGUUAAUGGAGAAAUGGCCGCGACCUGGCAGCACCCCGUGGGAAAUGAAAAUUAUGAAACAAGAAAAUUUAUUGGGGGUAGCGAUCGAUUCGAUGAAAGUCAAACUGGAAACUGCGAAACUUUUGUACGUGAAAUACCACGAGAUUAAAGAAAGGUUGAGAGACGAGGAGGAAAAGUAUGCUCCGGUCAUUCGCAACCUGGAGUCUCAACUAGCACAUCAAAAGCAAGAGAUGCGAACCCUGCAGAAUAUGCUGGACGAUGCUCUCAUCUUUGAAUCCGAAGCAUUUUCCACGCUGGCACUAACUGAGAAGGAAUCACUCAUAAAUCGAAGGAAACGCCGCGUUCAAAUGGGCAAGAUUAAGGUCGCAGUGGAGAAAGUUUUAAGCGAAAAUUCCGCCACGAUUCCAAACGGACGUCGCGCCGGAUAUAACCCAUUGGAACGCAAAACCAUAAGUGCUGCAACCCUACAACAAGACCUGGCUUCCACCGGUGGUGUUAAUGACAGGUUAAGAGUGAAGCGGGCCGAAAUUGAAGAGUUGGAAGCCUGGGUGUCAAGAUUAGUGGAAACCAUGCGAGUCCCAUUCAACUCAAUUCCGUUAAGAUUUAAAACCGUGAGAAAAGUUGGGCUUGAUCUCGAAAAAGAAAAAGUUAUUAAAGAGAAGCUGAAACAUAAGUUGGUUCGAGAGAGAGACUUACUCAUGCUGAUUCUUCGCCAACUUUCUUACACUGGAAAUCAGGAAGUUUCCGACUUCACCAAAGUCGUCCAAGAUUACGACUCCAAUUUAACCACACUAAAAAAAGUGGGGAAUCACACCCAACGAAUCAUCAAUACAUGCGGCGAUAGGAUCGACUCCAUUCGGAUUGGAAUGUCUGGAAUCCUGAACAGAUUAGACGACCAGAAAAGUCAUCAAAUAACAGACUGUGACCACUUGUUGAAACUUUUUCCAGUCGUUCGCACCAAAGUUGAACAGUUGGUGAAUGACGUAGAGAAAUUGGAGAGCGAUGUCGAGCAUCAACAUGUCCACCGACGACAAAGUAAGCAUCCCAUGCACCCAAGAGCGUCAGAGAUGACGGUGUCAGGUGGAGGAUUCGUGGGCGCUACUGCUUCCGGAGGAAUUAGAGCGUACCGAAUUCCAGACCGAUGUCAACGCGUUCCCGUGAGGACGAUGGAGGAAGGUUCGGACGAAGAAGACCUCGAAGACUACAAACUCCCAACGAGGAACGACAUCAAAGCGAAAAGUUUCAAAAUUUUGCAACAAGGUUUGAUCAGAAAGGGAAUCUCGCAAGUUGUAGUGAUGACUCAUCCUCAUAAAUAGUGAAGCUCGUAUGUAUGUAAAAGAGUAAAAAGCAUGCAAAAAUUAUGACAAAUUUCAGGAAAAACUUUUGAUUUUACGACUUUAUAUUUUUAUUUCAGAUUUCCACAUAUGUAAUUCAGAUUAGAAAAAUAAAAAAAUUAGUAGAUCUUUUUCUCUUUACAAAAUUUAUAAUACCGUGCUUUCAUCCGUUUACAACUGUACCGUGGUACGAAAUUGUUACUGUUGUUGUGGUGGGACUAUAGCUGUAUAAUACAGGAGAAGGGUUAAAAUUCUAAAA